GUCAGUGCGCAUCGCCAAUAUAUCGAGGAACAUCGAGGAACAUCGAGGAUCAUCGAGGAUCAUCGAGGAUCAUUGCGGAAGCUGUAACGAAUUAGUCAGGAGAGAUUAUCGCUGCUCAUCUAAGAUAUAUUUGGCUUUUUAUUACGUGUGUGAAUUGUCAGUGCGCAUCGCCGAUAUAUCGAGGAACAUCGAGGAACAUCGAGGAUCAUCGAGGAUCAUCGAGGAUCAUCGAGGAUCAUCGAGGAUCAUCGCGGAAGCGAAUUAGUAUGUAACGAAUUAGUCAGGAGAGGUUAUCGCUGCUCAUCUAAGAUAUAUUUGGCUAGAUCAACGUAGUUUCAAUGUCAUCAACUUCGCUGUUGCGCAUCGAUCGGCAUGGAGCAGUUCGAGCAGCUGCUGACCUGCGCGAUAUGCCUGGACCGGUACAGAAACCCGAAACUUUUGCCAUGUCAACACAGCUUUUGCAUGGAGCCGUGCAUGGACGGCCUCGUCGAUUACGUUCGUCGACAGGUCAAGUGUCCAGAAUGCCGUGCCGAACAUCGUAUACCAUAUCAAGGCGUGCAAGCCUUUCCAACCAAUGUAACACUGCAACGAUUCCUGGAAUUGCAUAUCGAGAUCACUGGGGAACUACCGGACCCGACCAGCGGUCAGACCAUGGAACGCUGCGGUGUUUGCUCGGAGAAGAGCUACUGCUCGCUUUGCGUUCAUUGCGAGAAGAAAUGCUGUCCCGAGUGCAAGGACGCGCACAUGGAUAUCCUGAGACGCGAAAUUGCACGCAUCAAUUCCCAGGUGCGCAGGGGUUUACACAGGCUGCAGGACGCGCUGGCCCUGGUGGAGAAAAACACGCUGGGCCUGCAAACGAACUGCGCCUCGGUCGCCGAAGAGGUGGACGAGAUUUAUCGGAGGCUGAGCAAGGCUUUGAAAGACCGCACGGAACAUCUGCGUAACGAGGUCGAUCGAUACCUCGGCACCGAGCUCAGAGGCCUGAUUCAGCUCAAAGAGAAUCUCGAAUUGGAAAUCGCGAAUAUCCAGAGCAACUGCGAUCUGGCGGAGGCGCACAUAAACGAGAACGUACCGUGGGACGACGCCGAGCUGCUGGACACAAAGGAGCUCUUCCUGCGCACGGUGGAGUUUAUCAGGAAUUUCGAAUACGAGGCGGGGGAUUACAGCCGGCGAGUUCGCUUCGUGAUGGCGCACGAUCCGAAUCAGCUUGUCCUUCACGUGGCGGGUUAUGGCGAAUUGAACAUUAAACCGGAAAGCGGAAGCGGCGGAUUGCUAGGGAGCUCGAGCAGUUUAGCCCCACCCGGAGGUUCGCCUGGCCUCAUGAGGAGCAAAAGCGAUCACCGUCUCGCUUCGCAGUACAGGCAGCAAGAGGAGGAACGGCUGGCCAGGAAUCGAUACGUUCCCGAAUACGAGUACGAGGCGCCGGAGUACGAGGUGCCCAGGAACAAGUCGAGAUACAGGAGUCGAUUUAUGCGACAUCGGGACGGCGACGAUUCCGACGGCGAUUCCAGGUCGACGGUGAGAUUCACGUCGACGGCGCCGCAGGAGCCAUCCGGUCUGCGCGAACGUGUCCUGGAUACGGAGGAUGCCGCGCGCGGUCCCCUGUCCGGUAUAUUUCGCCUGACGGACUCGCCGCGUGUUAUGAAGAAGCUUCAGGAAUGCGAGCGAGCCGGCAAGAGGAAGAAGGAGGAACCGAUCAGUCAGCCCCAAGUGCAGCAGCCUCAAACACCCAAAUCUCAGGUACAAGUGAGAAAGGUACCGACCGCGAUGGCGAGGCAGACCAGCGAGGAUGACGAGAUCUCCAGGAUCAAGAAACAGAACAAGAAUGCCGCGGCGACCGCCACCGCCGUCCACGCCGAGACGGUGGAGGAAAGGCAGCCGACGUCGACGCCCGUUUCCGCGCAUCCACCGUCGAGAGAAGUUCCGGAACCCGAGGAACAGCCGGUCAGGAGGACGGCUAUCGCUAGGAGAACUUCGGCGGAAACUCACGUCCCGCCCGCGGCCAGGAGCGCCUCGUCGGACUCGAGCACCGGCUCCGAGAGCUCGGCAGGAUCAGGAAUACGCAACACGGGCGCGUCGUUCACAACCGAGGAGAUGAAGCAGAAAUACCUAUCGAGGGCGCCGCCGACCAACACGUCGACCACCGUGUCAUCGGUGCCGGCCGUCAUCUCCGCGACGACCAAGGAGUCAUCGAACACCGUCGCGCCGACGCCAAGAACGCCCUUUCAGAGCCGUUUUUUAGGCGCAGGUAACCGUGCGGCUCCGCCACCGCCGAUUCAGACACCGCGAGAGGAACCUGCAACAAAGAAGAAGGACGAGGAGGAGGACGAGGACGAGGAGACGAGCAGCUCCUCCGAAGAGACGGAGUCGGAUACCGAGGAAGAGUCGGAAACGGAUGUUCAUCCGUCCAACACUACUCCAUCCGUCAACACCUCCGCCACGUCUCAGGAUCGUCAGAGAAAUGAAUCCGCCAUGGCGCGCACCGAUAUCGGGCCUCUGCUCGCUCGCAGUGCCGAAGCUCGAAGGGGAAGCAAAGAGGAUUCACCUAGCACCAGGUAUUCGUCGCCGAGGGGGAGCCCCGCGCAAUCCGUGACGACGACGACGACGACGAUGACGGCACCGAGCGGCGGCGCCGCGAUGACGACGACGUCGACGACGCCGGGCGGCUACACCAGCAGGGCAUUUAGCGCGGACGGUAGUACCGACGAAAGAGGGUACUCGGCCGAUCGCGGUGAGGACGAUAAUAAAGUAAUCGGGGCCACGGCCACGAUCGCGGAUUACGCUUUUAACGUCGACGCCGACGGGGACGCACUUAAAACGCCGCGGGCGACGAACGCUCGCUCGUCGCGAACGGACAUUAUUACGGACACCGACAAAUCGAUCACCUCAUCCACCUCUUCCCACCUCGCGAUUAGCGAACCCGAGAGUAAUCUCCUCGAGGGUAGCCGCGGCGAUAAUCGAGUAGCGAGCGUGGCAUCCGAAGACGAGGCCAUGUUAGUGGAAGGUCGUUCCGGGAACGAUGAGAUCUCAUUGAUAGCCGCCGAUCGCGAACGGGACGGAUCUACUCUCGCGACCGACGAUGACUCCGAAACGAGAAGACGCGACGACGUCGUGUUCGAAAAGCGUGAAAAACUCGAUGACGUUCCAUGUUUCCUUCGGAUCGUCGUGGAGGACGUCGAUGCAACUGUCGAAGAGCGCGCAUUGGACCCUACGAGUCAAUCCGUCGAGACGAUCGUCGAGCGCAGAGAUCGAUCGAGAUCCAAAGAGUCUCAAACUGUCUCCGAAUGUUCGAGUUUCAUCAGCGGGCGAACAAUGUCCGACAGCGAAUCAGAGAGUGAUUCCGAAAGCGGUUCCGAGGAGGGCGACGAAGAGGAGGUUGAGGACGACGAGUCUCGGGAUGAAAAUUGCAACGUGAAGAAAGAGAGGAAAGAAGAGGAAAAAAACGAUUCCGGCGAUAAAGGUAGCGCGAAACGCGAGGUUAGCGAGAAAAGCGAGGAUCCCUCGAGUUUCGGAGACGACGAGGAGACUACGGUGUUGAGUGUUAGUUCAAGUCGAGGCGAAAGCAGCAUGACACCCGACGACCGUUACGAGAGGGACCUAAAGCGUCGAAGCGCCUCGAUUAUCGACGAGAGGAGUAUCGAGGAGAUGUUCGACGACAAUGGUUGGGUGAUCACGGAGCAGGAUCUACAACAGGAUCUGCAGCCGAUGUCCGCGAUCCCGUCGGUCUUCGGAUUCAUGGUCGAUCGUGUCGAGGAUGACUACGAUGGGACUCGUACUGAAGAAACUAUUUCGAGGAUCGCUGAGCGGGGACACAACGAGACAUCGAACAAUCUCGAGGGUUCCUCAACGCGAUCGAGCACCGCGAUCGACGACGUCGAGACGACUCUCCCAAGCGAAGAGCGAGCGUCCGAGGGUCCAUCCAGAAGCCGCGUGUACAGGCAGAGCAGUCUGGGUAAGAACGGAUGGCUGGUCUCCGACGAGUCCGAGAGCGAGUCUGAACGGGCGACCUCUCCUGGGAUCGAAGUCCCCUACGAUCGAGACAUCGUGCGGAUCGAAGGGAUUGUACAAGAUGAAGCUUCGAGGGGGAUCGAGGAUAGCGGCAUCGACGAGAACGGGUGGGUGAUACUUGACGACGACGACGAUGAUGUCGAUGACGACGGCGACGCCGGUGAUGGCCGCGUAGGGGAGCGCAGCGCGCAGGAGAGCACGAUUCGUUCCCAAACGACCGACCUCGUAACGAACACUAACAUUGAGAACGGUGCAUUACUCGCGAACGCUACCCGGUCGAAGGGCGAGCAGUCGGGAUUCCUCGGCGAGCGCGAGGAAACGCCGCCCGUUGCUGCCAAUCACAGUAUACCGGUGCAAAUGGAUGUCUCACGAAUCUGUGAUAAAAUGUGCGGCGCAUCGGUGGCCGCCGAUGAUGAUUGCGCUCAUCCAUGGAGCUGGAAUCGAAUUAGAUCAGUGGCCGUUUCAUUCCUAAAUAAGAGCAGGAGCCAGGCGGCGAUGAUGGCAUCCCGCGAGCGGGAACGGGAACGAGAACGGGAACGGGAACGCGAACGGGAACGGGAACGGGAACGAGAACGGGAACGGGAACGAGAACGAGAACGGGAACGGGAACGGGAACGGGAACGGGAACGUGAACGUGAACGCGAGCGAGAACGCGAGAGGGAUGUGGACGCGGAGACCGACUCGCCCUUAUCAGCGAGAUCCCGGUACGCGGCCCUGAAGGAGCGCCGACAGCGUCUCGCCCGUUCCAGGAGCUCUCACAACUUCGGCGGCGAUGAUCUCGACCUGGACGAGGAACCACCGUCGCCGACGACCCAAUCGCCGAACGCUUACCUGGCGGCCAAGUACGGCGUCGGUUCCGAGCUAGCGCGUAGCCGUAGCACCCACGCCCUGAAAUCAAGGGAACCGAGUCCGGAACGCGAUCGCCCGGGCGCGGAGAAGGACGGCGCGGCUCUGAGUUCCUGGGCCAGGUACCUGAAGAACAAAUACGGCAACCGCACCACCAAGGACAAGGAACCGCCCUCCUCGUCCUCCACGAUACCCUCGUCCAGCUCUAGCGCGGCCUCGAGAAGGCUAUCGUUGGGCUUACCUCUGCGACACGCCGGGCAAACAUCCUUCGAAUCUUCUGACGACGAUCAAAAAAACCCGUCAGGCUCCCCCACGUCCCCUACAGCAGCUCCCGUUACACCCGCAGCAGCAGGUUCCUCCACUAGCAAUGGUCGGAGGAGUCAUUACUUGCUGAAGCGGCGGCAGCUGUUUAAGUUCGGGAUGCGGGGGAGCGAAGCCGGAUGUUUUACCUGGCCGAGAGGCCUGGCGGUCGGCCCGGACAACUCCAUCGUCGUGGCCGACAGCUCCAAUCAUCGUGUUCAAGUAUUCGACGGUAAUGGAAACUUCAUGAAGGAGUUCGGAACGUACGGCAGCGGCGAGGGCGAAUUCGAUUGCCUCGCCGGGGUGGCAGUAAACAGGAUCGGGCAGUACAUCAUCGCGGACCGAUACAACCACAGGAUCCAGGUGCUCGAUCCAUCCGGCCGUUUCCUGCGAGCCUUCGGCUCCCAGGGCACCGCCGACGGCCGGUUCAAUUAUCCCUGGGGCAUCACCACUGAUGCUCUCGGAUUCAUCUACGUAUGCGACAAGGAGAAUCAUCGCGUACAGGUAUUUCAAUCAGACGGCACGUUUGUGGGCAAGUUUGGCUCGUGCGGCAGUGGACGCGGCCAAUUAGAACACCCGCAUUAUAUCGCGGUGAGCAACACGAACCGAGUGAUCGUCAGCGACGGCAACAAUCAUCGCGUUCAGAUAUUCGACGUCAACGGCCGCGUACUGACGUCCUUCGGUUCGGAGGGUUCGGACGACGGCCAGUUCAAGUUCCCGCGGGGCGUCGCCGUGGACGAUCAAGGCUACAUCGUCGUCGCCGAUUCCGGUAACAAUCGCAUACAGAUCUUCAGUCCGGACGGCGCCUUCCUCAAGUCAUACGGCUGCUGGGGUAGCGGCGACGGCGAGUUCAAGGGCCUCGAGGGCGUAGCCGUCACCUCCACCGGCAACAUCGUCGUCUGCGACCGCGAGAAUCACCGGGUCCAAGUAUUCUGACCGACUUUGUCGACCACUUUGUUGAUCCAACGUCGGAAAAACCGCGAACUCUGCCCUUUUGCCAAACGGAUACGCGCUAAUUCAUGAUAUUCGCGUUUAUUAAUAUUAUUAAUGAUAAGCGAGUAAAAUUAAAUAUAUCAUAUAUCCAGGCAAUGCAAAUAGAUCGUGUAGUUGGAUAUUCGGAAUCGACGUCUACGAGUCUGAUGAAUGUGUCUGGAGUCAGGUUUCAAUAACUUUGAAUAUUCGCAUCAUCUCAUUCGCGUGACUUUUUUAUCUGAAAAAUACAUAUAACUAAUAUUUAACAAAAAAAAAAAGGUAGAUAAAUUAGGAAAUAUGAGACAAAACAUGAAAAAAUAUUUCAAUAUCUUGGAAAAUAAAUUAUUAUAAUCUUAUACCGUUUAUAUAUGACGUGUCGUUCUGAAAAAUAUGCAAAGAUGAAUAUCGAGAAUUAGAGAAUUUUUUAAUUUAGCAACUUUCUGUAGAGAUAUACAAAAUUAUCUUAACAAAUUCAUCGAUAAAUGGGGAGUGAGAUGUCAUUAUAGCUUUUUUCAUUAAAGAGUAUAUUAAUAUAGUAUUUUAUCUACAAUUCUCUUUAUCGGGAAACUCUCCCGUGAAUCUUACAUUUCCUUUCUAUUGUCUGAAACGAUUCUUAUCGUCUGGAAAUAAAUCACCCGCUCUCGUACUUGUAAUAAAAUACAAAGAAAACUAAAAUAUUUGCAGAAAUAACUUUUGGCGCAAACAAAAUCUAUUGUCACAAAAAUGGCACUGAUUAAAUGGACUUAUUUUUUAUCAUAUAGUGAAUAAUUAAGGAUUGAUUGGUUCGCGCGUUAAAUUCUAAAUUUAGUUAUUGACAUUAAGAGAUUCAUAUUAACGAAAUUCCUCACUUAUCUUCGCUAAUUUUUGUGCAAAACUAAAUCUCUGCUAUGAAAAAUAAAUGAGAUCCCGAUUUUCAAUAAAAGAUUCAAAUUUAAUUAAUAAACAAUUUUUUUCUUUUGUUUUCCAUUCUGUACUUCUGAUAUUAAGGUCGGUAACACAUUAUAUUGGACGAAAUUAACAUAAUAUAAAAACAAUAAAUAUUUUAAGCUUCGAUGAAUAUUGCAUUCACUUGAAGCGACACCGGAUGAAGGAAAUAUCGAAACGAAUGGAAUAGUAAAAGAAAAAAAGAUCUGCGAAAGCAAUCAUAUCGACGUGCAUAACAAUGCGUGAAUGGAAUCGGACCGUUUGCUCGGCGAGUUUGAUUCGAAUUCUCGAGGAAAAUCUUGGACGCUGGUCGAUUUCCUCCGCUCAGCAGUUUCAAUAAUCUACAUACUUUUCUUAUCUUUACAUCACUCACUCCCUCUAACUCUCCUCUUCUCGUGUCUGUCUCUCUUUCUUCGUACAUGAGUACGAUAACCGAGCGACUUAAUUUAAUUUAUAUUCAAAGCGACAGAGCAAAUAAAGUUUGUACCGUUUGUAUGCUUUAAAUAAACUGUUGCGGAAGGAAGG